AUUGUGCACAGGUUGUAUGUUUGUUUACAGGUAUUAUAUGUCUUGCAUUCAUGCAGGGUAAUGUAUAUACAUGCAUAUUGGGAGCUUUAGGAAUGUUUGCAUUUGCUUUAUGCGUAUAGUUUGGAUACUGUAGUGCGGUUUAAGAAUUUUGAGUAUGAUCUUUAUAUCCAAAUAAGAGUUACUUUAUUAAACAAAGUCGAUCAAUUUGAUGGAGCAUUUUGCUUGGUAUUAACCCUAAUGGUCUCCUGAAACACAUAACCAUAAAAAUGUUAAUACUUGUCUUUUGCACAGCAACUUAAGUGUUCCAAUUAUCUCAGGUGAACUCUGGCAAUUUUUUUUUGAGAAGGUGAGAUUUAAAUCUGAUUUUGCCGUCAAGAUAAGUAUCACGUGACCAGCCCUGUCUGCCUCCUCUCUCUAACAGUUAGCGCACCCUUCCAUGACCACUCUUUGUGAAACCAGAAAGAACGCGGUGGAUGUCAACACAGAGGUUACCGGGGGAUUUACACAAUGUUAAAAAGUUAAUCAAUUGAUUAUUUCAAUAAAGUGUAUAGAUGCCAAACGAUAGCGUAUAGGGAUCCUUACACUCUAAAUCUUUUGUGCAAACACAUGCUCUUCCAGACAAGCGGAACUAGUGUUUGCUCGCUCAGUCUCCUAUGUGAACCUUUACAAUUUUUCGAUUUAAAAGUUGUAUUGACACUUGUUUGAAAUAUAUAUACGUAUGAAGUCGAAAUCUAUUGAAGAGUUCUUGUUACCUUGAUGAUUAGGCCGACCCGUCAACUCAUUUGCAUAAGUUGUUUAGGUCGCAAUAGAGAAAAUUUAUCUAGUGGAAAUUUAUUUAUAUAAAUUGGUGUACAACAAGGGGUCGGUUUCACAGGCGGCGACAUAUUAAGGAGAACCCGUCGUCUGUCACAACAUAUAAAAAAGACGAGUCGUGAAAGGUUCGGGAGGCCUACCGCUCUCCAUUAUUCACGGGGCUGCAAUGGAUAGAAUAACUUUCUCAUCUUAAAUCCACUUGAACUGUGUCGAUCUAACACCCGACUGGAGACCGGCUAGUGCUGACAAAGAGACAGACCGAGUUACCGUGAGUUAGGGAAGAAAUCGGUCCUGUUCUGAGCUCUGGCAUUUAUAGAGACCUGACGAGGACAAAGUGUGGAUGGAUCGAUCGCCGGACAAACACAAUGGACGCACCUUGUACAGCCAAAGACCGGGAAAGUAAAAAAAAAAGACUAGCGCGGAUUAGUUCUCUAUAGAUAAAAUGAUGAGGUAGCAUUCGCAGAUCCCAAGAACUAUGUUUGUUUAAGAUUAUUGUGAACUGGAAUUUCUUUGCCGACGAUUCUUUUGGGACGACAGGAGAAUGUUCUUCUGAAUUUUUGUUGUCAACCUGGAAUCUGGGCGAGUGUACGAUUAAUGUCUUGAUUUAAAGAACAAAAAAUGUAGAAAGAUUAUCUACUAAGUGCUACAUAAAAAGGAAUCUGGAGGACAUAUGUAAAACAGUAGAAAACAGAAGGCCGCCUAGGUGUGUGCAGUAAAAUUAAAACCUCCACAGGUAUUCAAUGAAUUCAGUUAUGACGGAUUGAAUAACAUGCCGGUAUAUCAUGUCCGAUGUCUGAUCGGGUUUGUGAAACAUCAACAACGAUUUUGUUUUGGAUACUGAUAAUCGAAUACCUUUUCAACUGUUUGCUGGACUUUCACUUUCACAAAUAUCUGAUUUGGUGCAUUCAGUGUUGUGCUUGAAUCAUGUAUUCGAGGAAGGAAUUAAGUGGCCUAAGCAGAGUUUCGGGACAACCAACAUACAGGAAUGUACAGCAACUGGCGCAAGAAUAUAGGCGCAUGACCUCUUCUAGGGACAAUGUGAGCAGUUCGCGAGGAGUCAGGGACCCCCACGCUAGCGUAGAGUCUGGCACACAGUUCGUACACGACAAAGGUCCCCCAAAACAUGCUGAACCCAAAGAGAUUCGCGAUGCAACUAGCCCCAAUAAAACGUACAGACAGCGGCAUCAGGGGGACGACUUGUAUGAGAAUGCUCGAUUCUAUAGGAAACAAGCCAUAUAUAACUGGAUAAACUCUUCCGAACAGGCGUUUGAGCGACCGACCCCCGGAAGAACGAGUGGAACUUUCAAAGGCUCGUCCCUCGUGACGACAUUAAUUGUGCAAAAUCCAGUCAGGUUCAAAACGCGGACUGCUGCAUUACAAUUUGCUCAGGAUCUGUUUCGCAAGGGUACCAUCAAAAGUAUUCAUGGUGCCCGCUUUUUCGAAGAUUCUGAGCUGCUGUAUGUGUGGCAGGAUGAGAAUCAGCAUCUGGACAAGCACUAUCGAAGCAUGACGUCAUCAGAACCUACGUCAUCAAUCAACAGAAACAACAACGCGGACACCGUUUCUUCAGAGGCCGAAACCAAACAGAAAUCUUUGAUCAAUGAUUUCUUCAAAGACCUUGAGGAAGAUUUUCCGGACACUAAAAAUACCCCGGAUGUUGACCGAUCAGGACAUUACGCCUCACUGACGCCGUGGGCCAUCCAAAGGGCGAGCACCGCGUCCAGUGAUAGCUCUGCAGACACUAUAUCACACAGCUACUCCAAAUACAAGAACACCACCUCGCGGGCGUCGGCGCCGUUCUCCAUGGCGACCACCAGGGAUCACGAGGCGAUCCCAGAGGAAACGUCGAUAGAAAGAGCCGAGGGACAUUCCUUGGAAAUGGAACUCGAUCGGAGUUUCCAGAGGAUGGGCGAGCCGUCUGCCACACGGAGAUGGCCAGACUCUCAGUAUUGUUAUUCUGAUAACGAGAAACAGUUAAUAGAGGAGAUGAAACGGAUGAAGAGGGACCACACGGAGAUCGUGAAAUCCUACGAGGACAGGGUGUCUAAGUUAAUGACCAAGAUGGGGGAGUUACGUAGUAUUGCAGAAAUGCUUGAAAACUCAGGGACAAAACCUAAUUCGUGCGGAGUUUUUCAGAAAUCCUCUUUACUCAAUUUAAUAGAUACAAAACUGGACCAGGAGAGGCGACAGCCGGAGAGCACGCUCACAUACAGUCUGGAGCUCCCCCCUCCCCUCCCACCAAGGCCCGGGAGGGGGAACGUGGUGUAUCCCAACAAGCCCCUGGUCCGGCCAACCGUCAGGAUGAAGGCCCUGGACUGGAACAGGAUCAUCCUCCAGCGUCCCGGGGACGAGCCGGACAGAACCCCCACUACCAGUACAAUAUGGCACAGUAUGUUGGAGCCCAAGAUUGAUAACGAAGAAGUAGAAAGGUUGUUUCGGCAACAAGAUGGGACUACAUCAAAUGGAGUAUCCUUGUAUAGUGACGUCAUAGCACAACGUGGGAAAACUAAGCAUCAGUUGGUCACUAUUCUGGAGCGAGAGAAGUCGGGUCGCCUGGCGUUCACAAUGAAGGCCCUGCCCCACCCCGUGUCUAGGCUGACCCACGCCAUAACCAGCCUAGAGGUGUCCCCCAUCAACACGGACAGAUUUGCCGAACUGAUGGAACUAUUCGGAGCUGGCUCUGAUGUGGACAAAAUCAAUGCUUAUGUCAAGAGAAAAGGACCAGGGAAUUUGGAUCAUCCGGAGUAUCUUCUGUAUGAAUUGUCCAAAAUGGAACAUUUCCGAGAGCGUGUCGACUUUCUCCGGUUCCGAUACAGGGCGCAGUGGCAGCUGUUUGAGAUGGACCAACAACUCCGAGAGCUUCACACUGCGUGUGACGAAAUUACUAACAGUUUGUCCCUGAAGAAUCUCCUGGAGACCUUGCUGGCGGUGGGGAACUACCUGAAUGGAUCCUCCCAGAAUGGACAGGCUGACGGGUUCAGCAUCAACAUCCUGAACAAACUCAAGGACAUCAAGGACAUCGAUGACAAGGGGAACCUGCUGGAGUUCAUUAUGAAGAUGUACUGUCAGUUCUACGAGGUGGAAAUAGACAUCGGAUGUCCCACGCGCUUCCGGUUGCCCGAACCCUCCAACAUGAGGCACGCUGCGCAGGUGUCCUUUGACAGUAUACACGAGUCUCUGGCCUCGCUCCAUGCGGAAUUCCGCUCGUUCCAGGACAAGACUCUGGAAAAGCUGACCAAGGCCGAGUCAUCUUCUUCCAUUAACAACUUCCGGACAGUUGCCGAACAUUUCUUCAGUUCAGCUCAAGAGGUCAUGACGGACGCCGAUACUCAUCUCAGGGAAACAAAGGAAGUGUUCGAAAAGACCAAGCUCUACUUUAUGUACGACAAUCCUCAGUGUCCUCCACAAGAUUUUUUCCAAAUCUGGGCUGUGUUUCUCCACGACUGUAAAUACUAUUGGAAGCUGGCUCACAGAAAGAUUUCAAAAGACCGGUUUGAAUUCGAGUUCAAAUACAAAGGUCAAAUGUCUGUGAACUCGGCACAUGGUUACGACAGUUUCCGGGCCAGCAUGCUUCGUCGUCUGACCACGCUACAUCGAAGUGUCCCUGACGGGCCGCCAUCCGGUAAUCAAAAUCUCAAACCUCAACAGCCUAACACGUGGGCAGAUUCCGUCGACGCUAAAACCCCUCAGGAAACCCCAGACAAAGCCAGUUUAAGCCAGAAAAAGCCUGAUCUGGAUAUAACAUCAUCCUCCUCACCCAAACUUCUCACUUCCGAACCACCUGCAAGUCUUCACAAGCCCCAGCCACUGAUGAACGGCCACCAGGAGCCCUCUCAUCUACAGGGUUCUUCAAACUAUGAGAACCACGAGGACAUAGAGAAGAUGGUCCCCGGGCCACAGCAGGACGUCCCUGUGGAUCCCAUUGACGAGAGGCCGCCAAUGCCGCUCCCUGACGCCGGCGAUCAGAAGCUCCUGGACAAACAAGGACCGUUCUCCAUUAAGACCUGGUUAAAACGGGAGCCAGGUCGUCCCCAGAGAGGUAAUGACAAUAAACCCCUGUGUGACGGUCGAACUCUUGAAACUCCGGAACAGCAAGCGAAGCGUCCCUCUAGCACCACCUUUAGCAAACUACGCAGUAAUUUUGUUCAGAAGAUAACUGGCUCAUCAAGUGGCCACACGCCAAAACGACCAAGUCAGCUCAGCGUCCACCAGAACUCGGAGGCCCCCGAGGCUUUCUGUCGACCUCUGGAAGUGUCGCCAUCGUUUACUCCUUUGAAGAUAACCACAGACUUUGAUAACAUUGACCCUUACAUGACGAGCCUCGGCCGCGACGAUCGGCAGCAUUUAGAUACGUCCAGCAGCAGUAUACGUCAUUACCCAUUCACUAGUUCCGCCGACAGACGGACGUUCGACCACCGGGUGCCGGCUGCACGACGCGGGAGACACCCGGGAAGGGACGGGUCGGACGUCUCUACUGAGUACGCGGGGCUGUACCACACUCCGCCAUUCUCAACUACUGCGUCGGUGGACAGGGACGGGUAUGCUUCUCCGAAUGUGAUUGGACCGUUUACCAAGAGUGAUAUUAAUAACAAUGAAAAACACAAUAACGUCGAGGCGGAUUCUGACAGAAACAGAGGUGUUCCCGUUCUCUCCCGGGCGCCCCUUACUCAUUCUGAUCAUCACAACAUUUCUUUUCAAUCUAGAGACAACGAUUCCGUUAAGCCUAACUCAGGGAGCGCGCCAAGUUACAAAUCAAAGAGUAACCCCAGGCAGGUCCGACUGGACGUGUCGUCUGCCAUGAAAUACCAGUCAGAAAUGGGUUCGCAACAGCUCACGGAAAUGACCCCCUCCGAUUUGUCACACACAGAUCUUAAGGUACCGAUGCGCGAGCACAGACCUCCUCCUCCAGUGGAUAACACCCCUGCCCAAAGAGACCCAAAGAAAGAAUCAUCUUGGAGAAAGGAACUUAGUGCUUUAUAUUCAGAAUCCCCAUCGUCGAAACCAAGUGAAGAAAAGCCGGUAAAGAUCACGUUGGGUCGUGCUCAUCAACGGCAGCAAAAGGCGGCCCAGCAACAGCAGAGGCUAUAUCAGCAACAGAACAACCUGAAACCGGUGACGGCCAGUGUGGGCAGCAACGCAAUAAAAAGAGACGUCCCACCACAAAAACCACCGCGGACGCCGCAGAUGCAGCGGUCGCACUGCCACAUGGACCUCUCACAAACGACCGACGACCCAGAGAAACCGAUCAUUCCCGAGAGACUCCGAGGGCAGCAACACCAUGCCAUCACUUCUCUGAUCAAUCGAUUUGAGAAGAACACACCAUCAAACGAUGCUACCUCUGUGAACAGGAAUUUGAACAAAACCAAGAACUUUGUGCCGAGCUCCAUUCCAAUAAAUGAGAACAAGCAGAUCGGUAACAACGAGGAAGACCCGCCCCCUCUCCCCCCGCGACUGGACUACCCUUACUCCGAGGGUAAAGCCCAGUAUAACUCCCACUCUAACGAAUCCACCCUAGUCAAGACCCCUGUCAACAGUGGCGGUCAGCUCGACAGCAAACAGUCACAAAGUGUACCAAACUACUUACAUUCCAAAUUCUCCAAUUGCUAUGACGUACACAAAAGUGAUGCUUCGAACGCUCCCGUACCAAAGCCGAUUCACUCUCGAGAGAGCACGGGUCUAAGUGACAUUGAUGGCUACACAGACCAGCUACGCAAGGCGGCCAGCAGCUCAGUGUUCGACAGAUACAAACACCACAAAACUCCGACUCAGACCGACAAGGACGCCAAAUCAAACGUGGAGACCGCGCGCAGGAACCUUAAUCAUGUGUACGAUAGACAAAGUGGAAGCAAUUCAAACUAUAGUCUGCAAUCGUCAAAUACGCAUCAACCUUUAACCUCGUAUGGAAGCCACGCCCCUUCCAUACAGACCAAUAUUCCUCAGCAUGCCAAAUUGAAUCAAAAUCACGUGACUUUAUCUCCAUCCCCUUACAAUAGCCAGCGAAACCCGCGGAGGGAGGAAAGUGCAACAGCAGUUAUUAAACCAACAGUUAUGCAGGGAGCGGUCAUGGACUUUUAAGACAGCACAAUAGUUCGGUCUUUUUAGACAUUACGAUGUCAUAGCCUUACAGGGUUUCUUUAUACAUGUCGCCUUUUUUACUGACACAUUUUCAACCAAAUAUUUUGAUUCUUACUUUUAUUUUUAC